AUGAUAAUUAUUAUUGCCACAUUGAUUUUAUAAUCCAUUAUACUAGCAAUUUAUAAUGGAGUUACUCAAUAAUCAGAUAAUUACUAUUUAUUAAUAGAUUUGCUAUUAAUAUUUGGAUGUUUUGGAUAGAAAAUAUUAUUAAUAUUACUUAUAGGAAGUAUAUGUCUAUCAAAUGAAUUAUUAAAUAUGAAUAAAGAAGUAAAACCAAUUUUUUAUAUUAGAUAUUAGGUUAUUAUCUAAGUAUGAGAUUAUUGUUAAGUGCUUACAUCUUGCUUGAUACAUAAAAAUUAUUAUAUUUUGUGUUUUCACUUUUUUACUUACUUUUUAGAACUACUUUUUAUUCAUAACCCUUGGCAUAUCUAACUAUAUUUGGAUAUUCGAUCUUAAUAAUGAGAAGUAAUAAUUUGAAUUUAUAAAAAAGCUCUUUAUUUAAAGCAUAAAACACCGAAUAUAGAAAAACAUUAGGUUGGAUAAAUUUUUGAUUUUUUUAAAGAAUCCCUUCCAAUAUCACUUUGUAUCAUUCAAGAUGAAAGUAUGUUAUGAAUUUAAUGUUAGAAUAUAAGUUUAUGACAAAUUAAUUUAAAAUAGAUUAUUAUGGACUAACACCUUAAAUAAUCAAAAAUAUAACAUCAAAAUCAAAUAAAGAAUGCUUGGCAUCAUAUUUAAUUAUAAAAAAGUUCUAAAAAAAUAGAUAAUAUUAAUAUCAUAGUAAAAAGCGAUUUGAACAUUGUACUCUUGAAAUAUGUUCACUAACUUUAUAACAAUAAGAAUAAAUUAAAAAUUACUUUCCAGCAGAUAUUGAUGUACUUGAAGUGAUUUGGGAACAAUAACCAGCAAUAAUGCUUAUUUUUUAAUCUUAAUAAGAAAAAUAAUAGUAAUAAUAAAUUGAAGAAUUAAAAUUGAGAGAUUAAUAUAAAGAUGAUCUCUUAGUAAGUGUAUCACAUGAUUUCAAGACUCCAAUAAAUGGAAUAGUAGCUAUUGUUCAAUAUUUAGAAUAGUAUUAAUAUUUAUAAUAAUUUCUUUAGAAUAAUUGUUGAUUAAAUGGAAAUUAACUAUUUAAUUAUACUAAAAAAAUGGGCUUAAUUAUUAUUAUACAUGAUAAGUGACAUUCUAGAUUUUUCAAGGAUUUAAAAGAACUCUUUAAGAUUAACUAAUACUACAUUCUAUAUUUAAGCAAUAGUAUAAGAGAUUAUUGAUCUUGUAUCCUUAUUAGCAAAUUAGAAAGGUAUUAUAGUAUAGAAAAAUAUAACUUUUGGAGAUAGAUUGAUGUAUUCAGAUCCGAAUCGAAUUAAAUAAAUUUUAUUGAAUCUUUUAAGUAAUUCUUUAAAAUUUACAGAGAAGGGUAAAAUUGAUAUAGUUGUUGAUUAUAAAAAUAGUGAAAUUGAAAAUCAAUAAGUCAAACUCAUUACAAUAAGUGUAUCAGAUACAGGAGUAGGUAUUCCUGAUAAUAUUAAACCUAAAUUAUUUCAAAUGUAUGGUACAUUUGAUAUUACGAAUAAUGGUUCAAAUAAACAUGGAAUAGGAUUGGGUUUAGUUAUUUGUAAGAAAUUAGUUGGAUUAUUAGGACCAACUGAUAAUAUUGAAUUAAUAAGUUAAGUUGGUAUUGGAUCUAAAUUUAGUUUUGAUGUUUAUAUUAAUAAUGAUUAAAGAAAUUUAACAACCAUUACUAAUUCAAAAGAGAUGACUAAUUUUUAUAAAUAAGAUACAAAAUAAAUGUCAUUUGAUUAAAAUUCAGCAAAUUAAUUAUUAACAUCUUAAAUAACAAUUUUUAAUCAAUAAGUUUUAGCAUCUUAAAUGUAGAGUUAAAAGAAUGCUAAAAAAUUAAAUAAAAAAGAUAUUUCAACACUCUAAGAAAUUUAAGAUAAAAAGUCAUCUAAUUAAAUUUAUUAAUUUAGAAAAGUUUAAAGAAAGAAAACUUAAAAAAAAUCUUUAAUUAAAAGAGAUUAGAGUAAUAUAGGUAAUUUAUGCAAUUUGUGCAGUGUUGAAGAUUCUGAUCAUUCAAAAUCAAAAAAUAUAGAAUAAUAUUUAGAAUUAAGUAGUGAAAUAACUCAUGCUAAAUAAAUUUAAAAAAUUAAUAAAUAAUUUGAUAAUAAUAGUCCAAUGAAUACACCUAUAUAUCAUAUUGAUAGUACAGAGUCACCUCUAAAUUAAAAUAGAUAAUGUAAACCUAUGUAGAUAACAGAAUCAAUAGAUGAUAUGAUGAGAAUGUUAUUCCCAGAACCUUGUACAAUUUUAGUUGUAGAUGAUUCACCUGUGAAUGUGAUUGCAUUUAGAUUGAUUUUAAGAAAAUAUGAUUUUAUUACAGUAGAAGAAGCUUAUAAUGGAGAAUAAGCAAUUUAAAAGAUAAAAGUGGGUUUAAUGAAUCAUAGAAGAUAUUAAUAUAUAUUUAUGGAUUUAACAAUGCCAAUAAUGAAUGGAUAUGAAGCUACAGAAUAGAUUCGAAUUUUGGUAUUGAUAUAAUUUAAUAAAGUAUAGGAGAAUAAUAAUCUCGUUCCAAAAAGUUAUAUAAUUGCAUUGAGUGGUUAUGAUGAUUUGAAAGAAAAAGAAAAAUGUUAAUAGAAAGGAUUUGAUGCUUUUGUCUCAAAACCAAUAAAAAUAAUAGAUAUAAUCUCUGUAAUUAGAGAAGUAAAAAAGUAAUUGGAACCCUAAAUUUGA